UAGAUGCAGCUUGGUAGCAGUAAUUUAUAUGCCGAAGCCAUCUAUUUACUUGCUAAUUCUUUAAAUUCUUAACGAAUGGAACCUAAAAAAAUCUGCUUAGAUGAAAAUGCGUCCGACAGUGAAUUCGGAUGAAUUCGUAAAUGUGGAUCGAUCCGCACACAUAGCUCGGUACACCCAUCAUUCAUCACGACGUCCUAAGGAACAAAUAUCUGGCUCGAAAAAUGCACAAACGGAAUACGAAACGCAUUUAUCGCAAAAUGCCGCGUAUUCCUCUACGUAUGGACCUAGCAGUAAGCAACAUAUAUUCAACUCUUUGAAUCAACCUGAAACGACGCCGUUAAAUCAGCAGACGGCGUAUCGAGUUAACAGUACAGAGGAGGAUCAGCGAAACGUAACGAGAAAUCCUGAGAAAACGGAGCAAAAUCAUAAAGGUGUUGAUACGCGAGACAUCGGUUCGUUACGCAUGCACCGGUCGACAUCGUGCUGCGUUGGGCUGCGUCUGUGUUGUCUGAGAUUGUACCGCGCGAAGAAAAGAUGUUGCAAGCGCGUUUUGAGGAAGCCGAGACGACUUUUCGAGCGAAUAAAGACGCGAAGAAGAGAGUGCAGGAUGAGGAGAGUGCCCGACGAUGCGGUGGCGGUCGCCGGUGUAUCAAGCGUGUCGUAUCGAGUAUCGAUGAGCUAUCGAGAUGCUCCGAAGAAAUCUAGGAAACGUCAUAAAGAACAAGACAAGGCGGGGGAGGUCCAGCCUGAUAAGGACAUUGGGAUAGAAAUUUCCGAGGACACCAAGGACACCAAGGACACCAGGAAGGAAAGAAAGGAGAGGAGGAAAAGACAGGAGAGGAGGAAAAAGGAGGAGAAGCAGGAGAGAAGAGAAAGGCGCGAGGAGCUCGUUUCGCAUGCUCCUAUGGAGCCGCGUCUGGUAGCGCGCGACGAUGACCUCGUCGUCGAGGAUCGGGACCCCGUAAAACCACCGCCAUCGAUCGCCGACCUCGAAAAGACCUGCUGCUACUUGUGCGCCCAGAACACGCUGGCGAUCGCGGCGGCGACCGCUGCCGCCACCGUCUCCAAGCCUGAACAGUCCGACAAGUGUGUCCAAGUUUCGGCUCAUAAAUUUCACGCGGAGACAUCCCCGACGCUCGAUAAGAGCUGCAGCCCGGUGGUGCUGGUGCGCACCGUGCAGUCGUCCGUCAAAGUGAGGACGCGGGAGACCGGUACACUGUGGUGCCCCGGCACGAGCGAGGCGACAGCGGUGCCGCGCGGAGAAACGGGGCCGCGUGUGAAAAAGCGCAAGAAGUUCGUCCUGUUCCCGGGGUUGACGCGAACGAAGUGCCCGGCGGGACGGCACGCCGCCUGCGAGACUGAUAAUGCGGAAAAACGCGAGCCGAGGAACGAGAGGAGGUGCUGCAGGGAAAAAACGCCUGACACGCCGCGAAUUUUACGGAACUUACCGCGGACUAAUUAACGUUUGAUUACUCGGUGGAAAGAAUGAUUAUAUGCAUCGUGUGGACCAUUAAGUUCCCAUUAUAUCACUUCAUCUUAAUGCUCAAGCUUACAUUUGCGAUUACGGCGUGGCUCGUAAUUAGUCUCGCAUUUUUUUCCCUCAUCAGACUUUACUCCUUUGCCUCCGUGCGAGAUUUAAACGAAAGUAACUUGUCAUGUAUCGCUCCGACAAAGGGGAGAAAGGCUCUCACGAUAGAAUAUAAUUUAUUGACGCAAGAGCGAAACUACCUAUUCGUAGACGCUCUCUUCUCGAUAGUAUUUUACGAUUCUUUUUUCUCGUGCGUUCGAUAAUUCAGGAUAUGCCUCUUUCAUUUUUAAGCUACAUUGCGGCGGCUCUCUCAUAAACUUUACAUAGAGAUGCGCGACCCUAACUCGAGUGUAUAUUUGAAUUGCACGUUGCAUACGAAUCGCUUCGAUAACACAUGUAACGCUGCGGUUUGGCCCGUAUCUCCUCGAUAAAUUAUACUCUGCCGCGUAAGCUUUGUUCCAUUUACGCGCGUGUAAGCGGAAGACGUUAAAUUAUGUAUAAUAGUUCGAAUCAGAGUCUUACGUACAACACAUAAUUAUUUCACCGAGCACAAAUCUCCUUAUCUAUUCUUGCAUCCCUCUCCAUCGCACUGAAAAAGUUUGAUAAUGGCUACUAAAUGUUGAGUAAAUUUUCGGUUAAUAUAACAAAAAGUACUUGUAUUUUUCUAAAUAUAGUAAGUAUAAUUAAAUUUACAAUUUAUAAUUAAUACACUGAAAAACAAUUUUACUGUAAUAUUUAAAAACUUAGCUAGAUACAGAUCAGACAAUAAUUUUAUGCUGGAUUAUCAAAAUUAGUAUGAAAGACAUUCAAGCAUGGUGCAAAAAGUUUUGACAUUCUAACAACUAGCUUAAACAUCCAAUAAAAAUUUUUUUAUGAUUUUAACAUAAUUUCAACAUAAUUAUUUUCAGGUCUGUAUUCCAGCAAAAUUGUGCUUUCCGUGUACUUACUAUAUAAUAUAUAGGAACGUAACAUUAAUUUUUAUUAUAUUAAUCAAAAGCCUUUAAUUGGCGUCAUUUCACUCAACAUCUAGUGAAUAUUAUCAAUUUUUUUCAAUGUACAAUGAAGGAUAAAAGUUUUCUUUUUGUCUCACUCUUUAUUAAAGAUGGUGAGGAGUAGUCUUUUUUUUCUUGACGCUCCUAAGCCCUUCAAUUAAACCGCUUCUUUGUGCUUCGUUUUAUAAGUUCUCUGAGAACAAGCUUUUCUUGACGGUCGCUUGGAAGAGAGGAAGUGCGAGACGUCUGCAUUAACGUCAUUUCCUCUCUCUCCCUCCCUUCCCCUUUUCCAUAUCGUUUCCAUAUUAUCUUCAUGUGUCCUUUACAUAGUAUUUCCAUACGGCUGUUUAUGUCGCUUCCGCGUCACUUGCACUUGCACUACUGCUUGGAUGGAAUCUUGUCACGCCGGAAACGUAUGAAGUCGCAAGUAAAUUCAGAGCUCGUCUUUCACACAUUUCCUCAUAUGCAUUUCAUAAAUCCGUAAUAAUUUUACAAAUCAAGAUUGAUCUAAAUUACAAAUCUUUCUCUCUCACAUAAUGUGAAGUUACUUCUCGUAUCACUUACUUGAAUAUCAUCAGAGUGCAAUCCUGUUCAGUUACUGAAACGCGUUACGAAUAAAUGCAAUCAACUAUUUUUUA